AUAUGUCACUGCCAAACCUCUUUAUUUUUCAUCUCAUAUCGAUGCUGUCUGCAUUUUUUGGAACAGCUGGUGGCUUUUAUUAUUACAUAACAACUGACUGCAUCUAUAGUAUCAAAGAUUACAGCGACAUGGUUUAUCUUGAGUCACAUUCCUUCAAUAAAGAUGUGUUUGUACAGUACAACAGCACUGUGGGAAAGUUUGUGGGGUUCACUGAGCAGGGAGUGAAAUGGGCAGAGGAGUGGAACAAAGAUGAGGCCGACAUGCAGAAAAUGAAAGCUGCAGUGGACACAAUCUGCAAAUAUAAUGCUCAGAUUAAGGAUGUAUCUAUCAUUGAUAAAUCAGUCAAACCGAGGGUUAUGCUCAGUUCAGUGAAGCAGGCCAAUGGCAGACAUCCCGCCAUGCUUUUGUGUAGUGCUUACAACUUCUAUCCUGAAAAAAUCAAAGUGUACUGGAUGAGAGAUGGAAAAGUGGUAACCCCAGAUGUGUUCUCCACAAUGGAGCUGGCUGAUGGAGACUGGUACUAUCAGAUCCACUCUGAGCUGGAAUACACCCCCAAAUCUGGAGAAAAGAUUUCCUGUGUGGUGGAACACUGCAGUUUAACCCAACCCAUGAUUUAUGACUGGGACCCCUCUAUGUCUGAAUCUGACUGGAAUAAAAUUGCCAUUGGGGCAUCUGGUCUGGUUCUGGGAAUCAUCAUAGCAGCUUCUGGACUGAUCUACUACAAGAAAAAAUCAGCAGGGAGGAUCCUGGUACCAAACUGACUACACUAAGUCUAAUGUUACCUGAUGCCAGCUGAAAGAGGACCUGCUUGGAUCACUGAUGCAUUCUUUAUGACACUUUUACCAACCGUCUCCCUAUACUGAACUUUUGUUUAUGUGUAUGUGCGUGACUUGAAUUUGAGCAUCUCUAUGUAAUGCUGAUAAUGAUAAAAUAACACAGGAGUUUAUGGAUAGUAAUGAAUUUGCUGAUCAAAUAUGGAUAGUAACAAAGUAUAUGAUGAUGUUAGAAAGGUUUUCAAUCUAUGUUUUCAUGUCAGUUCUUUUGAGAAACCAGUUAAAGCUUUGAUUCAGUCAAGGAGUCAGCAUUCCUAUAAGAAGAAAACAUUAUCUAGCUCAUGCUGUGUAAAAUGUUAAAAACAAAACAAAAACUAUAUAAAUGCAUGAGAAGUGCAAACAUUCAUUCAUGUUACUAUAGUACCCCCAA